AUGGCUGAUGGGAAAAUGAGUGAUGUUUUGUCUCCUACAGCAAAGGCACUUUCCCGCGCUGCUGUGAUAGCUCAUAAUGAGCGCGAUGAAGGAUGUGUUCGUGCGAUUCUGAGUGCGCUGUGGAAUUUAGCUUCACAUUCGGAACGCAAUAAGCGCGCCAUAUGUGAUGAACCAGGGUUUCUUGCCCUUCUCAUCUCGUUGCUCUCAAAUGACGCCAGAAUGACGGCAGUCGUAGAGAGCGCUUCGGGUAUUUUGAAGUAUGUUUCACAAUAUUUGUCGACAAACUCUAGUCAUCUAAGUGUGAGACCUGAAUUGGCUGCUCAUUUGGUGCAAUUACUUAGCAGUGCCUCUUUCACUAUUGUAGCGAACACACUCGGUGCACUUGCUAACCUGAUUGCCAAAGAUCCCCAUUUGCAGUCUCUGGUUCGUCAUGAUGUAAUGGGCAUGAACCAGUUAAAUGUGCUGCGCAACUCGGCACGUGAGGAUAUUCGUGCAGCUGUUAAAGCAGUGCUCAAUCACCUCAAUCAACCUGUGGGAUAUACACGCUAUACAGAAAUGUCGACGUCAAUGGGGUGUGAAUCCAUGUGCUCUCCGCGUGACUCGCGUCUUCUGGCACUUCGUGGAGUUCGGAUGUCUCCUGGUGCUGGAAUGGGAUAUUGCGCUUCGCCUUCGUAUCCUGAUCAUCGCUCUAGCAGUCUUCCAAGGCAUUUUACCCGUGGUGGAUACACGGGUCCAGCUCAGAAGUCACGCCCUCAGUCGUUUGCGGUGCGCCCGCCUGUCUCAUCUGGACCUGCAUACGGUUUUGCUCCACCACCAGGACAAUACCAUGGUCAUCUCAUUGAUGAAGUAGUACCUGUUCAGCCAUCUGUUGUGCCCGACGAGAUCACAGGUGAUCCUGAUUUGAGCGAUAGUGUUCGAUGUACUCGAAGCGUCAGUGCUGCUUCAUUAGGAAGCGAGUUACCGAAUGCAUCCAUCGGUUGGCAAAGUUGCCUCGAUACGGCUGCGAACAGCAAUCGAAUGUCGCCUGUGUCUCCAUCAGAUCUACCAGAUUCUCCAACGCAAUGUGCAAAAAUGGUUGUGACAAAAGGUGACACAUCUACUCCACUCAGCGUGAGCGUUCGCGGUGGAUCGGGAGCCGCUUCUUCAAGUGAACCGCAAUCUGGUUUGACGGCUAGUGAUACUGCAACAGCCAUUGUUGAUGACCAACCUACACCGACGUUUCCUGCAUUCGUUCUUAAUCCUCAACUUCCAGCUAGCAAAUUAGUGUCACCGAAGCAUGGAGAGAAUACCGGUGCUGCCUUUCCUGUAUCUUCACUUGAUGAUGGACUUUAUGCGAUGAUAGACGUGAAUUGUGCUGAUGGAAAUGAUCUACUGACAAGGUCCAUCGAAGCCGAGUUGCCCCAACCGUCACCACGAUCGGCAACGCCUAAAUUACGCAAAGGGUAUAGCCGACAUUUCAAAAGAUUGGCUGAUGAGCGACUUCUUGCUGACAUGAUUGAAUCUGCUCAGCCAUCUCCGCGAAAGUCACGCCAUGGUCCUGGUGAUACACAUCAUUCGCCUAAUGUACUGCCGCUAAUCACACAGAUCCAAAUUCGCCGUCACGUGAUUCUUCGGAAAGUUGUUCCCGCGAUAAUCCGGACAUGUGACACGGAAAGUAUGGAGAAGCCCGACAUCACCCUUCCCCUCGAUUGCUUUAUCGAAGAAGAUAAUAUUACGAUCGAUUGUUCAAGAAUAAGCUUUUCUUCACAUGAUCACUCAUCGACGACUGGUGUCGUGAGUUCAACACAGUCGACUCCUGUCAAAGCAGCUAAUCGCUCUGCUAGAACACAUAAAACGAGAUUGCCUAAGCCAACUCAUGGUCGAACUUCUUCAGUGCAAAAAAUCAAUCGUACCAUCGCAGAACUCACUCCAAAGAAAGAAGCGAAAUCAGCAGUUGUACCACCUUAUAACUAUAGGAGACCCGAGUCGGACUCUGGAGUACACGAGACAGAGAUCAAGAAGCAAUCGAGUAAGGCGGUUAAUCCGGGCCAAAUGUUGGUAACCACAGUUUAA